AUCAUUAUUUUUUUUACUUAAUGAUUUCACUCAAGCUGUAACUGAAAACAUGCGCAUUGAAAAAAGAAACUUGACAUGGACUCUGAUUCCACUUUUUCUGGCAGGUGUUUUCUGCAAUACAGGCAAGGUGAUAUAUCAGCAGCCGCAUAUCUGUGCAGUGAAAGGCUCGUCCGUUAUCAUCCCUUGCUCCUUUAAUGGUCUGAGAGUGAAAGUAUUCAGGUGGGUUCAUGCCAAGUCUCAUUUAAAGGGAACUGUAAUAUAUGGCAGUGACUUUAAAUCAGCCCCAAAAAGGUUCCGUUUUAAUCGGGACAAUCGAAAAAAUUGUUCUUUGAAAAUACACCCAGUGGAGCGAAAGGAUGCAGGAAAAUAUACGUUCAGGUUUACAAAUAACUCCAAAGAGCUCAGAUGGAGUCAUCAAGUUGGCUCAACAUUAAAGGUUGUUGAUUUGAAAGUCUCUGUGACAAAUCCUGAUGGAAACAGAGCAACGCAGGAAGGCGAUUCUUUGAAUCUCACUUGCACACACAGCUGUGAUGGCGGUAGUCUUUCAUCGGCCUUCACCUGGUUUAAAAAUGGAGAACACAUCAAUGAAGGAUCUAUUCUUUAUUUAAGCAACGUGUCUUCCGAAAACACUGGAAACUACAUUUGUUCUCUAAAAACACACACAGGAGCCACUUCAGGAGCCAUAUAUAUUGAUGUUGAAUAUGGCCCUAAGAACACAUCAGUGUCUAUCAGUCCGUCGAUGGAGGUAGACGCCGGGACAAACGUCAGCUUGAUCUGCAGCAGCCAUGCAAACCCCCCAGUGGAGAAUUAUACUUGGUUUAGAGUAGAUGUUAACUUUAGUAAGGAUGUCGGACACCAGUCUGUGUUUUUUCCUGAUGAUGGUGGCAAGUAUUUAUGCUGUGCCACCAACAAACACGGAAGCCAAAACUCCUCUGUUGUGGUUUUACAGAUAAAAGCAUAUUGGACAACUCUCCCCAGAGAUGUACUUAUCAUUACUGCUAUCGCUGUGCUUCUCAUUGUGAUUGCUCUUAUCGCCAUCAGAAGAUUCCACAAAGCAAGUACAACAGAGACAGACUGUGAAGAGGAAAUACAGGAUUGUAUGGAGAAUACAGACUAUGUCAACUGGCUCAGCUGUGACACUAACCAAUCACAAGAGGGACAUCCGAGUGAGGGGGGAGCAGAAGUCAUCUAUACGACUGUAUACUUCAAUCACAGAAACACGGAGCAGCAGAUGGACUUCCAUAUUGAGUAAGAUGUAUUAGCAUCACUGUGUACAGGAACCAACUGUCCAACCUACCCUUCAGAUAUCAAGCCUCCCUCACUACGAUAUGUGAAGAAAUUGUGUUUUGAGGGUAAUUGGUUUAUGAGUUUGUUUGGAAGUAUGUGAAAUAAAUAUG